CUAGGUAGCAGCGGGGGCAGCUGGCCCCCCGCUUUUUUUUUUUUUUUGCUCCCUUUAUGCUUGGGACUCUACCAGCAUAGCGUCCUUCUUUUUCUCUCUCUCACUUUAUUCUUGGAGUUGGGGGAGAGAUCUGGGACCUCCGGGGUCAUGGGCUGCUCCCACAGCAUUAUUGGCGGCAGUAGUUGUAUUGAGUCGGAAGAUGUAAAUAACAGCCGGAAGGACGGCCGGAGGCGGAGAGGUGGCGAAGCGGCGGCAUCCGACGUUGCCGGAGGCUCGCCAUCACCGUCCCCGGAGGUGGUAGAUGUCAGGGCGUCCUGCACAAAGAUGGCGUGGAGUCUCGGUCUGAUGCUCUGCAGAGCGAGUGCGAUACGGCGGCAGCGAAAGAGAGGAGGGAUGGGGAAUGAAUGCUGCGCUGCGGAGAACAACAAGUCAUGGCUGCUAGCAGCGGAUGCCCGAGCUGAAACGGAGGCCGAGGCCGAACCCCAGUCGGUGCAUUCCUCGUUCCGGUUCGGCUUUGGGUCGCAGGCGGAGGCUGCCUCGGUGGCGGCGGCGGCGGCGACCACGGUGCUUCUGUUGGUGAACUUGGAGGAUGAGGGGGAGGAAUUAGGGAGGGGCGAGGGCGUGGGGGAGUGGCAGAGGCUGGAGUCGUUGGAGAGGAGCAUCUCGCCGCUCGCCGGGGCGCUGGAGAGGUACAGCUACGCCGAUAUACGGUCGGCCACCCGGGGCUUCUCCAGAGGGAGGGAGCUUGGGAGGGGGCCGCUGAGCCGGGUGUACAAGGGGAGGAUUGGGGUGGGGAGGAGGGCGGUGGCGAUAAAGAGGGUGGAGGGGCAGGACCGGGAGAGCGCCAAGGCCUUCUGCCGUGAGCUGAUGAUAGCCAGCUCCCUUCGCAACGCCAAUAUCGUCCCUCUGCUCGGCUUCUGUGUUGACAAGGAGGGCAUUUUUCUUGUCUACAAGUAUGUCUCCGGUGGAAGCCUCGACCACCAUCUCCACUGCCAUGAGAGGAGGGGGAGGGGGAAGGUAUUGCCAUGGGAGGUGAGGUACAAGGUAGCGUUGGGGGUGGCGCGGGCUGUGGAGUACCUGCAUCAUGGCAUGGACAAGUGCAUCAUUCAUAGGGACAUCAAGCCAUCCAACGUCCUCCUCUCGUCCAACAGAACUCCGAAACUGUGUGACUUUGGAUUGGCUACAUGGAUUCAGGGACCCUCUCUACCCUUCCUCUGCAAGUCUGUCAAAGGAACUUUUGGCUAUUUGGCUCCAGAGUAUUUUCAACAUGGGAAGCUGUCGGAUAAAACUGAUGUUUAUGCAUUUGGGGUGUUACUGCUGGAACUAAUUACUGGGCAGAAAGCAAUUGAUCGAAAUAGGCCUCAGGGAGAUGAGAAUUUAGUUUUGUGGGCAAAGCCACUCCUGCAACAAGGUGAAGGAGCUGUGGAAAAGCUGGUGGAUCCAAGGUUAAAACCCAGUUCAUAUCGUUGGAAUGAGAUGAGCCGAAUGGUUCGUGCAGCCACUGCUUGUGUUAACGGUGACGAAUCUGGAAGGCCAAGCAUUGAUCAGGUGAUCGAAAUGUUGCUUCUAGGAGAAAGCACUUGCAGCGACUGGUCUGUUUUCAUCGGUCAUGGUUGCCUUGCUGGAUAUGGUUCUCGGACAAACGAUCUGCUGCAAAAGGGUGAUAUGAGAGGCCAUCUAGCUCUGGCCAUGCUUGGGGUUUCUGACACUGAGGAAGAUGACUCGCAUGGUAGAUGAAUCAUUUUGGCAACCUCAACUUUCUGCAUUUUUCAUUUCUCUUAAUUAUUUUCUUUCGUUCUUUCUUUUCUUCUGUUGGAACCUCAAAUUAACUUGUUCACUGAUUGUCUUCCUUUUUGUUUCACUAAAUCAAGCUGUAAAUAUGGUGACAAAGGAAGCAAAAUAUUUUGUCCGCACGACCUGUGAAAAUAUUUUGUCUUCCUUUUUGUUAAGCUGCAGGCCA